UAUGCAAUGCAAACACUCCCAGUCCCAAGAACAUUGUACUGAAUUAAAAAUUCGAUUUCAUUUACUUUUAUCAAGUAGCAUUUACGUUUGCCUUUGUUUACGAGUGCUUGCACUUGGGGCAGCGGGCCAACAAGAUUCUUGAUUAUGCAGAAAAUAAAAUAAAAUCGCAGAAAAAAAGAAAUUAAAAGAAAAGUGUGACAAACCACACACACGCAUACAAAGAAAAAAUACAAUACAAAAUAAAACAAAACAACUUUAAACGCUCCAGCAGCGAAUAUUGCAUCCAAUUUGUUGAUUGCAAUAGGCGCCUGCAUGAACUUCAUUAAGCAAUUCGCACUGCAGGCGAGUGGACGCAUCGCAGCGCCUCCCAGUGGACAAAAAUUGUGGGCGACUUCACAACAGCAACAAGUUAUCAAGUCUUCAACCCAUUCGGGCAACGGUAAGCAUAUGGCUAACUUGGAUAAUUCCGUGCACUCGGCGGGCAUCGAGGAGGUGCACAAUGUACCCAUGAGCGUCAUCAAACGGCCGAUACCCUCUGUCCUGGACGAGAUGAAAGUUCAAUCACUCAUGGCCACCAUCGAUGCGGAAACUGACGCCGAUAAUGUGCCACCGGUUGACAUCUUGUGGAUUACAGGUAGCGAAGGCGGCAACUAUUACUUCAGCUUUGGCGGCUGCCAUCGCUUCGAGGCCCACAAACGACUCAAUCGGCAAACCAUAAAAGCAAAACUAGUCCGAUCCACAUUGGGUGAUCUUUAUCACUACAUGGGCUCCAGCGCGCCAAAGUAUUUGGCAUAGUUUCAAUAGUAGUUAUUUUUGUUGUCUUUUUUUACUUUUGUUAUUUUUUGCUAAAAUGUUAACAAGUGUGCCUUUAAUAAGCGUGUAUAUUUCAUAAUUAUAUAGAUGUGUUUUUCUUAAACGAAAAAAAAAAAACACGUUUAUUUCCUUAUUUUUAUUCUAACUGCCGUUUAGUGCUGUAAGCUGCGCCUAAGAAAUCGAUAACAUUCAUUCAUCUUGCUAAAGCGAUGUCCUUUGAUACCUUCAGUGCAGCCGCUUAUCGUUACCGUUAUAUUUUAUUUGCUGGAACUGCCAUGGACAAGUUCAAUUUACUAUUGAGUGGAAUGAGAGGAAUGACUCCCCAUUUGGUUUGGCAUGCAACAAAUGAAGUUUUCAACUUGACACGUUUUUUUUUAGUGGUUUAUAAAUAUUUAAUUUUAAUUAACUAUACAUAUUCGAUACAGAAAAUAAUCAAUUUGUUAAUAGCUACAUUAUGAAUCUGCUAUGCAAGUACUCCAAUCAGACAAGUACGAAUGAGUCCAUACUUGCCAAUCAAGCCGAUUGCCAAGUGGAUAAAAAGCUCGGGCUGGAAUUGUUUCUGAGCUUUGUUUACAAUUUUCGAAGCAUGGUUCGAAACAAUGGGCGCUUAAAAAACUCGUAAAAUUUGUUAAAUG